AGCAACCACACCACUCAGAAGUAUAUACACACCGAUAAAUAUAAAAGCCGCUAACUUGGAUUUAUUUAUCAACUGCCAUCGUGACGGAUGAUUUUUUUGAGCAGCUCAUUGCUCAUUUUUAUCAGUCGUUUGUCGUCCCUCUCCCGAGUCGUGCCAUAGCAAUGAGAGUAGCAAUUGUCGGUGGUGGAGUUGUUGGCAUAACAACUGCUCUCCAGUUAAAAUCAGAAUUGAGAAAUUCAAAUAUCGAAGUUUAUGGUGAAAAGUACGAGGAUAUCGUGAGUUAUGUGGGAGCUGGAUUAUUUUCAGUUGGAAAGUCGUUCUCGGGACCGAGCGAAGAGAUAACCAGAAAUUGGAUGAACGAUUCUUAUGAGUUCUACGAUGAAAUUCGAAAAAGUCGAGAGGCGGCAAGAGCCGGAGUUGUUGAAAUAUCUGGAUAUAUGUUUUCUGAGGGACCGACUCCUGUCAGGAAUCCGUGGAUGGAAUCGGUGGUUCCGAGCUAUCGCCGUGUCACCGAGGAAGAGCUGAAAUUACCCGGCGGUGAUUGGAAAUAUGGCGUGUAUUUCACAACAAUAAUCACCCAGUGCAAAUGGUACCUUCCAUGGGCAAAAAGACAACUCGAACAGACAGGAACAAAAUUUUACAAACGAAAGUUGUACAACUUGAAUGAAUUAAUUGACGAUUAUGAUGUCAUAAUGAACUGCGCGGGACUAGGAGCUGGAGAACUCUGUGGAGAUAGACGAAUGAUUCCGUUGAGAGGACAAGUACUGAAGGUAAAAGCUCCAUGGUUGAAGACGUUCUUCUACGGUAACUUGGAUACGUACAUCAUCCCCGGGAUAGAUGGAUCCUGCACUCUGGGUGGAACCAGGAAUUUUGACUCCACAAGGAUGUCCCCAUGUAGCCAUGAAACCAGGGCCAUUCAUGAGAGGUGCACUAAUCUCCUGCCGUCACUCAAAAAUGCAGAAGUGAUCGAGAGUGUUGUGGGACUUCGGCCACACAGAGACGGAGGGGUGAGAGUAGAAGUCGAGAAAAUUUCAAAUGGACUGAAAUCUGCUACUGUCGUCCAUAACUACGGUCACGGUGGUUAUGGCAUCUGUACAGCACCUGGCACAGCCAAAUAUGCCAUAAAACUUGCCCGAGAUGCUCACCUGAACACAUCCUCAAAACUCUAACUACAAUUACUUCAACGCAAUCAUUGCAACAGUUUAUCAAAAUUAAAAUUGGAAUAACAAUAAAAUUCAUUGGCUAAAUUGUU